UCCCCAGAAAACAAGCUGGCAUUAGCAGACUACAGACUGACUCUCUCUCUCUCUUUCAUUCAUUCCUUCUCUAAUGGCUUCUUCAAUUCAGCAAACUCCGAUCACAUUCCAAUCAUCAUCUCCACCUCCAUCCACCACUCGAAUCACCGCAACUUUUCCCAUUCAAAAACUAUCCUUCUCCGGCAGCACCUUUAUCCCCAAAUUAUCACUUAAAUUCUCCGGAAAAAACUCACUUCAAUCAAAAGGAAGAAAUGGAAACGGUGCAUCCGGCGCUAAGAUGUUCGAUUCCGCCGCCGGAAGUUACGCAAACGCCUUAGCCAGCGUCGCAAACACCAACGGAACCCUAGAUGAAACACUAGCAGACGUUGAAAAAAUCGGUAAGCUCUUCUCAGAACCAUCUGUAUUAAAAUACUUCAUAAAUCCAACAAUAUCUAUCGAGAAGAAACGCGAACUUGUUGACGAAAUCGCAUCUAGUCUGCUACCGCACACGGCGAACUUCAUGAAUAUCCUGAUCGAUACGAAACGAAUCGAGAUAGUUGAGGAUAUCGUGAAGGAAUUUGGAAUUGUUUAUAAUAAAUUGACGAAUACUGAACUUGCGGUUGUUACUUCGGUUGUGAAAUUGGAAUCGCAGCAUCUUGCUCAGAUCGCGAAACAAGUUCAGAAGCUGACGGGAGCUAAGAAUGUGAGAGUGAAUACGGUGAUUGAUCCGUCGCUUGUUGCUGGAUUUACAGUUCGGUAUGGAAAAUCUGGUUCGAAGCUGAUCGAUAUGAGUGUGAAGAAGCAGUUGGAGGAGAUCGCCGAACAACUUGAAAUCGGCGAUGUUCAGCUCGUCGGAUAAAUCGCCGGCGAUAUGGGAGAGAAAGUACGGGUAAUGUUGGAUUGGAGGAAUUUCUAUUUUUUAUAAUUAUUAUUAUUUUCAAUGUACUAAGUAUUAUUUUUAUGUUUAUAUUCAGCUCCUCGGGUAUUAAUUCACCUGAAAAGUUAUGUAAAAGUUACAUCAGCUAAUAAUUUUUAAUAAAGUAUCAUUAGCAUAAUUCAUAA